GUGGACUAGUGGUUGGUGUGUCCUUUCAUAUUUAAAACGCCAUGCACCGACAAGAGGUCCCAUUCAUCAACGUUAUCUCAACUUCUCUUUCAACGCCAAACCUAUUCCCAAAAAGAAUAAUCAUGGAGGUUGAGAAGGACCAAACUGUAUCCUCAGCGACUAUCCCUACCAUUGAUCUAAGCAACGUAGACAAAGAGCUAGUGGCACGUGCGGUUGUGAAGGCGAGCCAAGAGUGGGGAGUUUUUCAGGUGGUGAAUCAUGAGAUACCAAAGGAACUUAUCCAAAGUUUACAGAAAGUUGGGACACAGUUCUUUGAGCUCUCAUCAGAGGCAGAGAAGGAAGCUGUGGCGAAGCCAGAAAACUCCAAAGACAUCCAAGGUUACGUUACAAACAUCCAAAAAGAUGUAGAAGACAAGGUCGAUCGAGUUGAUUCUCUAUUCCACAAUUUAUCGCCACCCUCUUGGGUUGAUUACAGAUACUGGCCCAAAAAUCCUCCAGAAUACAGGCAGGUGAAUGAAGAGUAUGCAAGAUACGUGAAGAAGCUAGCAGAGAAGAUUUUGGGUUGGUUAUCCGAAGGAUUGGGGCUAGAUCAUGAGGCUUUGAUAAACAAAGGUUUUGGAGGUGGCGAUAAUGUGGUUUAUACGAUGAAGAUCAUCUACUAUCCGCCAUGUCGUGCACAAGCAAAUUUAGUCCUUGGACUGCAACCGCACACUGAUAUCCAUGGACUGACUAUUCUCGUCACCAAUGAGAUUCCUGGUCUUCAGGUGUUCAAGGAUGACCAAUGGUUCGACGUCGAGUAUAUACCCUCUGCUAUCGUCUUUAUUAUUGGCGAUCCGCUUUUGAGAAUGAGCAAUGGAAAGUACAAGAACGUAUUGCAUAGAACGACUUUGAACAAGGAGAAGACUAGGAUGUCUUGGGUUGUUCUCUUGAAGCCGACUUAUGAUAUGAUCAUUGGACCUUUGAUGAAGUUCACAGGCGAUGGCGACGAGACUCCCAAGUUUAAGCACAUCACGUACAGGGAGCACGUAGACCGCAAGGUCAAUAACCUUCCUCUGGACUAAACACUAAACCUCAAAACUGAUCAUGAGCUGGUUCGAUGUUGAUUGAUGUUGUCUCCUGUUCUAUUUUUCCAAUAAAGUUGUUUUGUUGCUAUUUCAUUGUUUUUCUGAAUCUAUUAUCAAACUUGUUUCGUUGUUUGCUCAUUGAUUUAAAAGAAUAAAGCCUAUCUCUAUUAAAAAUGCGUUAUUUGCC